AAAAAAUGGCAGGCCUCAUACUGUUAUUGCUUUGUCGAGAAUUUAGGGUUCGCUCCGCCGUAUCUGCGCCGUAACCAAGUUGAAGAAGAGAUUUCUUUCCUUUCUUGUUCACGGAUUGCAGAGAGAUCGAAAGCCCUUAGCUCUUCUUCUAGGAACUGAGAAACUUUCGUGUUCAUUCUAAAAUCAAUCAAAAUGCCAAAGGAGAGGAGGUCUCGAUCGAAGGAUCACCGAUGUCGUGCUUCGCCAUUCCGGUCUACUUCCUCGUGUAGUCCAUCUCUCAAAGUUGUAGAGGAUGAUAAGAAAUGGGAAGAUGUUCGUUGCCCUGUGUGCAUGGAGCAUCCUCACAAUGCUGUUCUUCUUCAAUGUUCUUCACGCGAUCAGGGGUGUCAUGCAUUCAUGUGCGACACCAGUUACCGCCACUCCAACUGUCUAGAUUUGUAUCGAAAGUCAUUCUCGAACAAGUUGCCAGAGGAGGAGGACAAUGUGCAAUUGCCGAUUGACAUAUUGUGCCCCCUCUGCCGUGGGCAUGUCACUGGUUGGACGGUGAUAGAGUCCGCUCGCAAGUAUAUGAAUGCUAGAUCUCGUAACUGUUCUUUGGAAUCAUGUUCGUUUACUGGUGUUUACGGGGAGUUAAGGGAGCAUGCAAGGAAAGAGCAUCCAUCUGCGCGACCAUCUGAGGCAGAUCCUGAACGUCAGCAAGAUUGGAGGAGGAUGGAACGACAGCGAGAUCUUGGAGACCUGUUCAGUAUGUUUCACUCACCUGUUACUAGAGAGCACCUCACUAACGAUGAGGAGGCGAUCGAUAGCUUUAUAGGGUUUUCUUCGAUUACCAUGGUUCUGGUUGUGCAUGUACAUCAACUUAGAGCAAAUAGUGGUGUGUCAACCUUGUCACCCUCUUCCAGAUCAAGAACCUCUUUUAGGCAGUCAUCCAGGGCUCAAAGGGCAAGAAGGGUGAUUCGAUGGGGCGAACCUCUUUUAAGCAAUGCAAGGGCUGUUGAGAGAGUUACUUCGCCAGGUUACCAAGCAGGAUGGAUAGAGCCAUCUUGGAUUUCAGAUGACGACGACAAUGAAGAUGCAUCUUGAUGCUUAUAGUCGUGCUUGAAAUGAUAGAACUCGCAUCUUGGUGCUUGUUCUUAUAAGAAUAGCCCUCAGACGACGAACAAGAUGAGAAUGACUACCUAGUUACUGAUCGGUGGCAAUUGUGGUAAUUGCUUGAAUUCAGAUUCAAAGAUUUGAAUUGCAAUGUCAAUGUGAUUACAUCAAUGGCGAUGAAUGACUCCAAAUUCUUCCGAAUGAUCACAGAAUUCACGAGAUGGAUAUUUUGUUCAAUCAUGUGCAUGAAUAAUAAUUCCUUUUGCUCCAGAAAAUGUGUUAUCUUACAUUUGCAAGUUGUAAUAAGGUAGUCCUGUUCUUUCAAAUAUCUUACUAAGAAUUUAGAAUUGGA